AAGUCAAACCUAUCGCUGGUAUUACUCCACAAACCAUUUGCCAUAGCCUCUUACUUUACAACCAAAAAGGCUGUAAAUGCGGAAUAUAAAUUAACCCGUAGUAGUUUUAUUGUGGAGUAUAUGGCCCUGUAUUGUUUAUGUUUUUGAGAAGAGCAAGCUAUGUUAUUUAGACUUACCAAUAAUUUGGAGGGGUCAAAGUCGUCGUAAUAUAGACUGGGUUGUACCAGGUUAUAGGAUUUUCUUCCUUGUCUGGAUUUUAAUCUGUAAAUAAUUUAUGCGGGAGUGCUGCCUUACGUUUAAUUAUAACUCCCGGGAGCGAUUAAUUUUCCGUAAUCAAAACAGACUUCGUCACGUUUGUAUGGAAUUCGCCGGAUCCUAUUUCAAACUCCCUUUGAGGUACUAACUUGUGCAAUGUGAUAUAACAACUUUGCGACCAGGCAGCAACAAUAAAUAGUUUCCAAAUCCGCUGACGGUUCUGCCAUUGAUUUUGGGUGGGGCUUUCGGACCAUAAUUUAUGAAAUUCACUCUCUCUCUCUAUCAACUUGGACUUGGAGGCGAAUUCUAAUUACAUUACCAGGAGUCUCAGUUACAAUUUGGACUGCUAAAACCACAAAACCCUAGGACCAAAACCCCGAUUUCUGUCAAUUUUGAGAGCGAAACAUCGAAUUUUGUUCUAAAUUCUAUUUAUUUAUGACAGCUUAACUCAAACAAAACAUCAUAAAUUGUUGCAUUCGUGCUGAUAAAACGUCGAAAACUUGAUAUUUGAUUUAUUUUUUCAACCAAACUAAAGCUGGCUGAUGCAAAACUAAGCGCAUACAUUUGUUUGCAUUUGAUACAUGAGCACCGCCUACCGUAUAUUUUGUCACACUUGCGAAAAACAUUACACACGCCUUUCAGUUAUUGAUUCUUUUGUCGCGAUUUAUUGCUCCUCGUCGGCUGAAAAAAUUGUAGCAUCAUUUACGUUCUAUUGGUCUUUGUCUCAGUUAGCUUUUGUAUCUGAAAUUCCAACCAGUUGAAUAGAGUAAGUCUUUUGUCUGCAGCGUCUCAAAGAAAGACUCGGUACUCCCAUAAUUUGAAAAUAACUCCUACUCCUAUACUCGCUUUCCCUCCCUGUACUUUUUUGUUUACUGGACCACAGAAAUCUGGAACAGCAAAAACCAAUUGUAAUCCAAAGUAAUCUAAAAAUGCAGCUCCCAUAGCUGUAUUACUUUUUUUUAUCUCUGUAUCCUUGACAGUUAUUUUUUAAUAGAGCACAAUAUUAUUCCCUUUGAUGUGUGCGUGAUAAAUUGAAAAUUCAACCUUCUCGGACUAGUCACGCCUCUUUUUCUGUUAUCGGCAUCUGUACUCUUUCAUUCGGAUUCAGAAUUCAGACAGUUGAACCUCUUUUUUUUCUCAUUCUUUACAGUUGAAACUCGAAUCGAAGCUUUAUUACCUUCUUUUGUCGAUGGCCUGCUGAAAACAGAUUUCUAAACUGGCGCUUCCACGAACGUCUUUAAAUAUACGAUAAAAUCGACAAUCAAAUCAUAAUAAUCAAAUUAUUUUACCCCUUUUUUGCUCAACUUUAUCCGGGGUCGAAAGGAGAUCAUUUAUAUUACCCUCAUUUUACCUUUGUAACUAAAUUCGAUUUAAGCGAUGGUUUUCCUAUUUAUGACGCGUAGUUUUAUUUUACUGGCGACUAUAUUCCUCUUAUCAGUUCUGCCCUAUGUGAUUUCGGAUACCACUGAGAUAAGUUUCGACUGGAAUGCUGUCGGCGCUGAAGUGUGUUCGUGCGAUUGGAGGAAAAAUUCCGACGCCGAAUGCAAAUGCUCGCUUGCUGAGGCAUCGGGUAUGGCCACGAAUACAAUAAAGAGCACGUGUAAGAGCCAAGAGGGAGUGUCAUACUGUCUGAACACAUUGAAGAGUGCCUACAAAGCUUGCACCAAGACCAAAUACCCCAAUAACAAGUCCAGAUGUAUCAGACUGUGCCAAGAACUUCUAGACAACAUAGUGUCGGAGCCUACUGAGGAGUUGAACAAGACAGUGAGGAGUAUUGGGGAAGACUGUCUUGAGGCAUCUGGCAAAGACCUCUCCGAGAUGCUUGAGGAGCUACAGUACCACAAGGGCACCCGAUACACGUCCUGCUGUGACGAGAUCGCCAGCCGCAACUACCAGUCAUGGACAUGUUCCCAGGCCAAAUGCAAGGAACACCUGCAGACCCUGGAUGUGAGGAUAUCCUACGCUAAUCUAGAGGCCAAUUGUGUGGACACCCAGACUACAGCUACUUCAUUCUCAGUGUCCGAUGCCUCAGAGGCCAUACUGCACCUAAAGAGCUGUCUCAAAGUUGCAGAGCUAAACAAGUUCCCCCGCGGUAGCAAAGUGCCCACUGAUCCCUCCCUGAGUCUCUCAUUCCAGCUGCCGGCCAUGAAUGGACUGGGGCUAUACUGCUGCAACCUCCUCCCUAAAGAAGACCAGAGCUGCAACGACAAGUGCAGAGUGAUUUUCUCGAAGGAUUCAAGUAGAGGAGCACAGAAUUUGGCGGAAGAUUUCGAUCUGCAAUGUGGCCGGAAAGAGUCUGUUCGUCCAGCUAUCUCUUGUGUGCAGAACAUAGUGGCCGGGCAGUGCAGACCCGGUUGUUCACGCAUGAACUUCUGCUCUUCAUUCAACAAUCAACCCGACUUCACGUUCCGAAGAUGUACAGACGAAGCAGACCAGGCGGCCAGUUCCCUCUUCGCCAAGUGGGUGAGGGAGAACGCCAUUUCAUUCGAACACCUGGAAGAAGGAGCAGAUGAUGACGCGACCACUUCUAGCAAGAAAGCGACCACAGAGCAAAACGAUAUGCUGAAGAUCCCGCUGAACGAUAUAUCCAAUUGUGACCCACAAGUGUUCAGAGCAAUAGCAUGUGCACUGACCAUCAAACCCUGCUCCAGGGUCCAGACGUCCAAAAUUUGCUGGGACGACUGCUACCGUCUACUGUCUAAGUGUGCAAAUGCAUCAGACCAAAAUGACUACGCAGAGAAGAAAUGCACCAUGAUACUAGGAGAGAAGAAGGUCAACGAGGACACGUUCAACAAUGAACAGGCAGCUGCACAGCAGGAGUGUGUGUCUAUUUACGCUCUAAGUGAGAUUCGUGGGCAGAAGAGUAGCAACGGGGACUACCCACUGACUCUCUACCCGCAGAGCCAAGUUACCUACCCCUGUUCGAGCAGCAACAUGUGUCGUGAGUCAGACAGGGAAGUGUGUGAGGUGUCCCGCCCCCCUCUGCAGACCUCAUUCAAUCGCUACUCUUCCUCCACCGUGCCAAACAAGUGCAACAGAGGUUGCAGUGUGCAAGCCUGGACCACAAUCCACAUGAUGUUUCUGCCGGGAGACCUGGUCAUCACUAACAACGACCUUGACGGUAUAAAACAGUGUGUGGUGUGUCGUUGCGUGGAACACAUCAACCCGGAGCAGACCAGUUUCUACUGUGACAUGGACCCCAAACACCUCAUAGAGGCCAAGUGUGAGCUGGGACUGCGUAAAACAUGUCCCAUUCCUUCCAAAGACAGCAGUGAUAAAAUUAUUGCAGUCAACGGAGCCACUGAUAAAUCCAUGGUGACUGUGAGUGCUACAGAGAGGUCUAAAAGGUCAUCAUUAGCCGCCACAGACUACAUGUUCGAGUGCAACUUCUGCUCCUGUCUCGACUCAGUCAGCUACUGCACCAAGCGACUCUGUCACACAGACUACAAACUGGACAACCUCAACAAGUAUGGCUUCGAGUUCACUGGAAUGCCCAGCAAUGCGGAUGACGAGUAUCUGGCGUCAUGUGCAUCCAAUGGGAGGACAUAUCCCAACGACCAGGUCACUGAGGCACUCGGGAUCCGGCAGUACCAGCUGGGACCCUGUGAGGCCCGCAAAAGAUGUUGGAGGUCGAUGUGUCCUGUGGGGUUCAAAUGUGUGACCAACCGGGAAGUGUGUCUGACGAAGAACUACGAGUGUAUACAACACAGAUGUGUUAGGGAGGACGACUGCAGACAACACGUGUGUGACGAACAGGGCAACACACAUGCAUCUAGGUGUGACGUGGACUUGCCUCAUUCCAGCUCGGGAAGGGCCGUGGAGAUAUCGUACCCAGGAAGGUGUGACCAGAUGUGUGAGUUGCGACAGGUGUGUGGCACUAAUGGCCACUCCUACUCCUCCCCCUGUGCCGCUUAUUACGACAGAGUGUUGGUCGACUACCCCGGCAGAUGCAGGGACUUCGCCACCCAGAUCACGGACAAGGAGCCCCGCCAGUGCUACAAGAUAGGCGACUCCUGUGCCCCCCUCCCCGCCUUCUGUCAGGGGGUGCAUGCAUUUGGAGUGUGCUGUCCCAUUUGUGGGUCAGUAGCCAGACUAAUCCUAGUGCCAGAUUUGGUAGACAUGGUGCACUUAACCCUAAGGGGCAACUAUUCGGACAACCCAGCCGACCAGUACACUGUGAGGGACGUAGUGCUAGCUGUCAGACAACAGAUCACCUUGCCACAAUGUGACGUGUUCGGCCACUUGAGCCUCGACGACUCAGUCACUCUCCUGUUCACAGUGCCCUUCAGCGACCCCUCGUCGUCCCAAGUGCAGGCGUGCAACGACGAGGCCCAACGACUUAUAUCCAUGUUCGCCAAGCGAGACGUCUCCAUCAUCAGCAAUAUCCACUUGUUCCCUGUAGCAGGCGCUGACCUCGAACAGUCAUUCGUCAAGAUGACUGAUUCGACCUGGAGCACCAUUCACACAAACCCCAUUUCGACCAAACUUUUUGUGACAUUAAUGUUCAUGCAGAUGAUGAACAAACUGCUAGUUACAAACUCAGCCGAACUGUUCAGUUAACCGAAUGCCUUUGAAACCAAGUUUUGGACCGACAGACUAUUAAAAUUAUACAAAUUAAACUCGCGCCGUAAUUGAUCAAAUCAAUUGAUUAGCGAGUUGAAAACCAAACAGGGUCUUUUAACCAAUCCCACUUUUGAAUACCAAAGUCGAUAUUUUUGUUUUAUACUUCAAAAUUUUCAAAAACUUGCAAUAAAUUCAAUCAAAUUUGUAUUGUGUUUUAUUUGGUCUAUUUUAAGUUCGAAUUAGAAAAUAAAUGGCGAUGUCUAUCGUUUCUAUAGCACUGAAUCAUUCAACCAAAUUGCUGCUGAAUCUAAUUUGUCCAUUUGUGUAAACAUUUUCAGAUUACUUGUAAAAAAACUGAAAAGAUUUGAAGAAAAAUAAGCUAAUUGCAUCCUCAAAUUGUUUAAUUCCAAAUACUGAAAACAAACGAGGGCAGGUAAGUUGUGUGUUGAAAUGUAGGACGUCAAUUAGUUGCUCAAUUGUCCGUUUCUACAAAGUUGGUGCUUCAUUUUCUCGUUAACCCAACCACACAAUUGAUUCUAUACAAAUGAUAA